AUGGCGGGAUCAAAAGCCAACGGUAUACGCAAGCGUAAACGCAAGGCGCGCACAGAAGUGUCACCGUCUUCCGCAUCUAGCGAGAGCGGUCAUGAGUCCGCCACUGUGCAAAUAAAUGUUGGAGCAGUCCCGCACGAGCAUACUGUCGCCGACGUUUCAGACGUCACUGGAACCGAGGACUACGAUGAGGACGAUCGGAGCGUGUCUUCUGAGCCUGUAUUCACGAAGAAAGUAGAGUCAACCAGUAACCCAGAAAUUGCAUUUGCGGAAUUCUAUUUACGACGAGCGACCAAAGAGUUUGCAAAUGAUCUCGAUAAGCUGCGAUCUGCGGGCGACUUCUAUGGAACUAAGAGCGUAGCCAUGUUGGUGGACGCGCUGAAGCAAGGUAUCUCGUGUUUUGGAAGGGAUGAAAGGGUACGGGUCGGGAGGAGUGUUUCCGCAAUCGCUGGAAGUGGAGAUCUGGAAUGA